CUCAUAAUGACAUCCCUUUCCGGUAGAUAUUUGGGAGCCGGUCAACGAUAGAAGAAGACGGAUGAAUAAAUCCUCCCACAUCUUAAUAACUUCUGCAUAAUUAUAUUUUUCAAGAUGUUGGGCUUAUGUAGAAAUAGUUUAAUUCUUCUUCUCUUACUUUUACCCACCGCUGUGAUAUUUGUAGGACAAGGUGGAAGAAGUAGUAUUUUAGUUUAUGCAGAAGAAGCAGGAGAUGUACUUGAAGGUGAAGAUGAUGAUGCCACUGUAGACUCGGAUGAACCGGUUGCUGAUGAUGGUGCAGAAAGUGAUCUCACUGCUACUGAAAAGGAGGAAGAUGACACACGGUUAAAACCUUCACCACAUGUUGAUACUAUUAUACAUUUUGUUAGACCUAACAAACCUUCAGAACUACCAGCUGGUAGACUAGUCAGAUUAUUGGUUGGUUUUACCAAUAAUGGAGAAUCAGACUUUGUUGUUGAGAGUAUGGAUGCUUCAUUCCGAUACCCACAAGAUUACUCGUUUUACCUACAAAAUUUUACUACUGUAGGAUAUUCCCAAGUUGUUGAACCUAAAAGACAAGCUACAUUCGAAUAUGGAUUUACUCCCAGUGAUGCCUUUAGUGGACGACCAUUUGGUCUCUCAAUUAUGUUAAAUUACAAAGAUUCUAAUGGUGCAGAAUUUGCAAAUGCUAUUUAUAAUGAAACUAUUACAGUAGUUGAACCUGAAGAAGGGUUAGACGCUGAAACGCUAGAAAAAAGGAUGCAGAGCUUUUUCUUGUAUGUGUUUUUAGCAGCUGCUGUUGUGUUAUUGUUAAUUGGUGCUCAACAAUUGAUGGCUUCUUUCAAAAAAAAGCCAGCGAGGUCAAAAACACCAGUCGAAAUGGGGACUCAGAAUUCAGAUAUAGAUUACGACUGGAUCCCAAAGGAAGCCUUAAUAAAUCAUUCCCCAAGAAGAACCCCAAAGCAAUCCCCCCGCCAGCGUCGCUCAAAACGUUCAACGGGGUUCGGGGAAGAAUAAAUAAAUACAGCGGGGAGUUAGUCUUAAAAUUUUUAAUUAUUCCUAAGCGUGUUAAUUUCUCAUUUAUCACAAAUUUAAUUUUUUUCCAUAAUAAAAUUUAUAUUCAAUCCCGGAAAA